AUGCAAAACAUCCGAGACUUUCGGAUGAAGCCCAAAGAGGUGAAGGAAUACUUAGACCGAUUUGUCAUCGAGCAGGACGAUGCCAAGAAGGUGUUGUCCGUUGCUCUUUGCGAUCAUUACAACUGGGCGAGGCGAUGCCUCGAUGAUCCCAGCCUUCGAGGCAAGAACUACACCAAGCCGAACAUCCUCAUCUCCGGUCCGACGGGAAGCGGGAAAACCUACCUCGUUAGGACCAUGGCCAAGAUGCUCGGAGUUCCCUUUGCCAAAGCAGAUGCGACGAAAUUCUCGGAAACUGGCAUUGUCGGCGAAGAUGCGGAGGAUGUUGUCCGGCAGCUCAUAGAUGCAGCCGGUGGGAGUUCGGACGUGGCACAGUAUGGAAUGGUGUACAUAGAUGAAGUGGACAAGAUUUGCAGUGGAAGUGGUGGCACUGCCAGAGGUGGCUGGAAUGGAUCACAAGUGCAAAGCAACUUUUUAAAGAUCAUGGAGGACACCGAGGUGGGCACGAAAAACUCGAUGCAAGCCAGCCUUUCGAGUAUGUUUGGAGGUGGUCAAGGAGACCAGACAAUCUCGACGAAGUUUGUGUUGUUCAUUUUCAGCGGUGCCUUCAAUGGCAUGAAUGAGAUGAUCAAAAACCGCGUGGGUACCAAAUCCAUGGGUUUCUUCGUCGAGGAGCACGACCAGGAAGACAAAGACAACUCCGAUCCCUUGGGCCUCCCAUCGAAGGAGGAGGCACAGAGCUACUUGCAUUUGGCUGAGACAAAGGACUUUGUCGAAGCGGGGCUUGAGCCGGAAUUUGUGGGGCGCAUCCCUGUCCGUGUGGCGAUCAGGGCACUGACUAGCAAUGACCUCUACAGAAUCUUGACGGAGGCUGAAGACUCGGUUCUGCUCCAAUUUCAGAACGACUUCAAGGGCUAUGGGAUCGAACUGGAGGCUGAAGAGGCGGCCCUCCGACGCGUGGCGGAGCUGGCCGUGGAGGAGAAGACGGGCGCGCGGGCCUUGGUCACCAUCCUGGAGAAGGUUCUCCGUGGCUUCAAGUUCGAGCUGCCCUCCACGAGCUGCACCAAGCUGACCCUCACAAAGGCGAUGGUGGAGGAUCCUGAAGGAAGCUUGCAGGACUUGCUGUGUUCUGCGCCUGUGGCACAAGCAUCGGUGCAGCGGUGGCUGGAGACGGUUGAGCGGACGUCCAAGAUUCGUCUGGAAAUGCCGGAUGACGUGCGGGAUCGCGUCAUAGAAGAAUGUGCCAAACGGCGCAUGGCCGCCGACGCCGUGCUCGACAGCAUGCUCAGGCAGACUGGGGUGAUCUCUGGCUUUGAGUCGAUCCGUGAUGCAACAAAGGGGAAGGUGGACUUCUUCUGCGUGAACCAGGCCAUGAUCGACACGCCUGAGGAGGAGAUGCAGAAGUGGACAAAGGAUUUGGAUGCCAUGGCCUGA